AUGGACAAGUUUCUUUGGCAUGAUGUAUCAUGGGUCAGAUAUUAUUCUUCUGUGAUAGGUAAAAUGUUUUAUAAAACAAGUCUUAGUGAAGAUGAACCAUUUAAAACAUUAAAUUUAAGAAGAAGGGGAACAAGAAAUGUAGAAUUUGCAUUAGAACAAGCAUACAAUGAACCAUUACCAAUUUCAAAAGAAAAAAAAAAGACUUAA